AAUCACUUGCGGAUUUAAGUAGAUCAUUAACAAGCGAUACAUUUGCAUUUAGAAGUCGUAGAGAAACUUAUCGCUUGAUGAACAUAUUUGAAGGAUCACUUACAGAUUUAUUAUAUGAGGAAUCACUUGCAGAGUUGAAUAAACCAUUAGAAAUUAAACCAAACAAUGCACUUGCAUUAAGAAGUCGUGGAAAAACCUAUCGCUAUGAAUAG